GGGGCUCUUGGACCCUCGUAAGGGGGAAGGAACAACCAAGUCUCAACCCUCAGACUAUCAAUAUAGGAGCAUUUUGGCCCAGCAGUUUGGACUUUUAUGGAGAACGAAGGCAAGACAAAGACAUUCGAGGCUAGAAAUGACGAUGGAGGAGGACGACGUACUAUAUAAAAGUUCGAAUGACAAUAGCUACAUUGCCGACCUGCUUCGCGAGGUAGAGAUUAAAAUCGGUCCAAUACCACCAAGUCUUCUCCCAGCCGCUCUUGACGGCCCCAGAAAUUUCCAGGACAACGCGGAUUCGCACAUCGAAGAAUACCAAACACAUUUUCGCCGCAAAGAAGGAAGCGAAGAUUCUGGAAUUAUUCUUGAUAUGAACGAUCCAGAUGAGUUUGCUAGGUGUUACUUAAAAAGGGCAGGGCAUAAGGUUGUGUCAAUGGACGUCGAUAAAAAUUCAAAUAUACAGCCAAGUCCGGUCACGAAGCAUACUGAUAGGGUACAUGGGAUUGACCAAAAACUCGAAAAGAUAAAAGAUAUCAUAGCAGAAAUAAAGGAAUCUGAUGCCAGGCUUAUGCAACAGUUUUUAUAUAUUCAUGAUGGAAUAGAGGAGAUAAAAUGGGCUAAGGAGUACUAUGAGCCCUCCGGCUCAUGCGAGUCAAUGUCUUACACCUCUCGAGAACAGCUUAAUGAAUCGAUGGAUCUGCUUCAUGAAAAAUGGAAACUGAGGAGAAACUUAGCCGGCUCAAGUGAACUUCUGGCUGUUUAUGAAUCAAAAGUCAGUCUGCAGAACUUGCUAAAAGGGAGAACGGAUCGCACUUCGCAACGUCACUACGCACUAGGAUGGUAUGGAAAAUCGAACGGUCGGAACACUUCGUUAAAAAAUGAUUUAAUGCAUCCAGAGGCGUACCUUGAUCGGAAACGCCGAAGUAGCGUAGGUGCAAUGUUCCAAUCGGAAGUGAAUACUUCGGCUGUUCGUCAUGACCGAAGGAAAUCCUCUGCCGGUAUAAUUUAUCCGAUUCCAUCAAGUUACGUCUCGCCUACUGAACUAAAUGUCCUAGAAACAAAGUUCAAAGAGGCAUUAACAAUGAACGAUUCUUCGGAUACCGCUUGUCUUUCUUUAUGACGUUGAGCAUAUAGGUAGCAGACGAUUUAACUAAAUUACUAGGCCAAAUAAUAUUGUAUAUUCAACGAUGAUAAUACUGAAACUUUGUAAAAGUUUGGGAAAAUACCAUUUCGUGUAGACACACAUCGACGGUCAUAGAAAGUAAAACAAAUAGCAGAGCUUCCAACAAACAAUUGUGGACUUUGUAUCAAUAUACUGCAGCUUAAAUGUAAAGUCAAAUAUGUCACAUCGUGUUUGAACUUAACGUAGGCCUACAUUAGCAGAUAAUCUGUACAGUAUUGUGAUAUGAUGGAUAUUAACCGGACUGACUUCGAUUCCCCGUAUGGACCUAUUUGUCUUUGAAGGCCGGGGAUUUUUCCUGUUCGUUAUUAUGCUGUGUAUAACAUUUUGCGUGAUGAUGUGGUAAACAUAUGUUGAUAUUGCACAUGUAAGCUAUUGUAAGCACGCUUAUAUAUGAACUUACAUUAUAUUGAAUUCUUGUAUAGGCACGAUAGGUCUGUGUCACCAUACAAAUACUAAGUAUUUAUAUAAUCAUCUAUAAUAUAGUUCUAAUGAGGGCGCCAUAUGAAUUGGAAGCAUAACUCGUAAAAUAUAAGUGCUACUUAAUCUCCUCAUUUAUUAAACCUACGUGGUAACAAUAUAGUUUAAUAUAUAUAUAUAUAUAUAUAUAUAUAUAUAUAUAUAUUCAUUAAAAUUAAGUCUCUGACUAUGGAGUUUUUUUCUUUCUUUAUUCUUACACCCAAUGAAUACAUGAGGUACUGUACCUAAUAUACCUAAGUACACAUGACCUACACUAUUUUCUUCUACGUAACUGAAGCCUAUUUACUCUAUAAAUAAUGCUCUCCAUAAUAUAUUUUCUUCAUGCUAUAAACUCAUUAAGAAUAUUAAAAAGUUAAGAGAGUGAUAGGACUCGCGAUGUUCUUGUUUGAGGAUUAUAGUUCUAUAUUUUAACAUCACUAAGACAUUUUUCCCCCCUGCCAAAUGUGUCGAGCUUCUCCGAUGGUACCACCUCUCCUCUCCCCGAUACCCAUAAAAAGACAUGCAUUUCAAAUUGGGUCCUCGGUCCCCGGAGAGAGGGGUGUUCCCACUGGCCCCGUGUAAUUCUAUCCGCUGGUCUCAUUGUGUUUUAGGAUGAACAAUUGAAUUUGAAUGAGGAGCGCCUCAGGCCCUGCGUGCAAUAUUAGCCAUGUGCAUGUUAAAGCCAGGCCCCAGAUAACAGCAGUGGCUCCAGAAAUUUGCCAACAAGGGGCCCGUACGACGUCCAACGGAGGGGAAUAGAAUAGAUUGAAUAGAGCCUCGGUCGAGGUCUCGGAAUAAAAAAAAAACCCUCGUGAUUGUUGACAGGGAAAGUUUCAUGGCUUUGUAUGAUCCAAACUGUGCUUUCAGACCACUAUAUUGGGGUUGGCAAUCAAAAUAACGUUAUUUGGAUAGGCAAAUUAUUAUUAUUUUUAUUUUUGGCUCGACGACCAUGUCGUAGGGACGGACGCCAGGGGUUCCAGGCUUGUCCGACGGUGGGGAAUGCCCCUCCUCCAUCACGCUGGAACCACCAGUGCCAGAGAAGAAAAAAUGAUAUGUUGUACAACCGAUAGUAGAAAAAGAGUGGUCAUGCCCCUUUUUCUCCAGUUUGUAAAUAUUAAAAAAAUCUGUAGUUAACCGUCCCAAUAUUUUGCCAAAACUCUUUUUGUGUCUUACAAAAAUCAAUUGUACAACAUACCAUUUUCCCUCCAGAGCUUGAGUAUGAAUAUGCCUACCAACGUUUGUCAUAUAAUCCAGUUACAUGUAACACUACAUUGAUAAAUUGACACUGAACAAGUUUAUUAAACUUAACCGUUACAAGAAACGAAGAUAAAUAUAGACAAAUUUAUUUUCUUGAUAUAUCCUCUAUCAAAUUGCACACACUGUAUAUUAAAGUAUUUUUUUUAAAUAAGCACCUUAAUAGUAAUAGGCCUAAAUUUAAGUUUUGAAGCUAAAAACCAAUAAUAAUUAAAAGGGUGAAAUUUCAUUCGAUAUAUCAGCUGCAAAAGAGAAAGAUAUGAUUGCAUUUUUAUUAUUAAUACUAUUAUUAUCUUUA